AUGUAAAGAGAGUCCCUGUCCCCUCCCCAUUCCCCGCUGUAGGAAGUGCCGUCCCCCAGGAACCCGUCCCACCCCCGGGUCCAGGCGGGAAGGGGUGAGGGUCUAGUGACUGGGGGUACUCGGGGACUGGGGAGAAGCCGGCUGCGGGCCCCUUCCGUGCCUGUAGCCCACAGUGUCGACAUCGUCGUUUGACGUUUCUGAGAACAGGGUCGCGAGAGAACCUACGACCCUUCCUGAUUUUUCUGCUCUCCCUUCGUCGCCAUUUGCUUUGAUUCCAGUGAGAUUUUUUUUUUCCCCCGGGGUCCUUCAGGACCUUAAGGAAUCAUACAGAAACAUAUCAGAGAACAUCUCCUAAGACAGAAAGGAGAGGACAGGCUCGCUUUGGAUCAAGUCAGUUCCCUGAGCCUGAAUGAUGACUGCUGAAUCAAGGGAAGCCACUGGUCUGUCCCCCCAGGCUGCCCAGGAGAAGGAUGGUAUCGUAAUAGUGAAGGUAGAAGAGGAAGAUGAGGAAGACCACAUGUGGGGUCAGGAUUCCAGCCUGCAGGAGACUCCUCCUCCUGACCCAGAGAUCUUCCGCCAACGUUUCAGGCACUUCUGUUAUCAGAACACUUUUGGGCCUCGAGAGGCUCUGAGUCGACUGAAGGAACUUUGUCAUCAGUGGCUACGACCAGAAAUAAACACCAAGGAGCAGAUCCUGGAGCUGCUGGUGCUGGAGCAGUUCCUUUCCAUCCUGCCCAAGGAGCUUCAAGUCUGGCUGCAGGAAUACCGUCCCGAUAGUGGGGAGGAGGCUGUGACCCUUCUGGAAGAUUUGGAGCUUGAUUUAUCAGGACAGCAGGUCCCAGGUCAAGUUCAUGGACCUGAGAUGCUCGCAAGGGGAAUGGUGCCUCUGGAUCCUAUACAGGAGUCCUCGAGCUUUGACCUUCAUCAUGAGGCCACCCAGUCCCAUUUCAAGCAUUCAUCUCGGAAACCCCGCCUCUUACAAUCACGGGCUCUCCCUGCCACCCACGUUCCUGCCCCUCAUCAUGAGGGGAGUCCCAGAGACCAGGCGAUGGCAUCUGCACUAUUCACGGCAGAUUCUCAGGCAAUGGUGAAGAUCGAGGACAUGGCUGUGUCCCUCAUCCUGGAGGAAUGGGGAUGUCAGAACCUGGCUCGGAGGAAUCUCAAUAGGGACAACAGGCAGGAGAAUUAUGGGAACGUGUUUUCCCAGGGUUGUGAAAGCAGGAAUGAGAAUGAGGAGUCUACCUCCAAGGCUGAAAUCACAGAAGACUCAGCAUCAUAUGGGGAGACAAGAGGAAGAAUCCAGAAAGAUUUUGGAGAAAAACGCGAACAGCAGGGCAGAAUAGCAGAAAGGCAGCAGAGGAAUCCUGAGGAGAAAACUGGAAAAGAAAAGAAAGAUUCAGGGCCAGCUUCAAUCAAGGAAAAAAAAACCACCACAGGAGAGAGAGGUCCCAGGGAGAAGGGAAAAGGAUUGGGAAGAAGCUUCAGUCUGAGUUCAAACUUUAAUACCCCUGAAGAAGUUCCGACAGGAACAAAGUCUCAUAGAUGUGAUGAAUGUGGUAAAUGCUUCACAAGGAGUUCAAGCCUUAUUCGCCAUAAAAUCAUCCACACUGGGGAAAAGCCCUAUGAAUGCAGUGAGUGUGGGAAGGCCUUCAGUCUGAACUCAAACCUUGUCCUGCAUCAGAGAAUCCACACGGGAGAGAAACCUCAUGAAUGUAAUGAGUGUGGCAAAGCCUUCAGUCAUAGUUCAAAUCUCAUUCUGCAUCAGCGAAUCCACUCUGGAGAGAAACCUUAUGAAUGUAAUGAGUGUGGGAAGGCCUUCAGCCAGAGCUCAGACCUUACAAAACAUCAAAGAAUCCACACAGGGGAGAAACCCUAUGAAUGUAGCGAAUGUGGAAAAGCUUUUAACCGAAACUCAUACCUUAUUUUGCAUCGGCGAAUUCACACCCGUGAAAAGCCCUAUAAAUGUACUAAGUGCGGCAAAGCCUUCACCCGGAGCUCGACCCUCACUCUGCAUCACAGAAUCCAUACCAGAGAGCGAGCCUCUGAGUACAGCUCAGCCUCCCUUGAUGCAUUUGGAGCAUUCCUGAAAAGCUGUGUGUAAAGUGAGAAUUUGUCACAAGCCAUUUCCCCCCUUUUGUUUCUAAAUUUAUUUCGGAGAUGUGUGCUCAUGGAAGGGAAUAAACAUCCUCAACAGAUUUUUUUUAAAUCACACUUUUAAGGAUCCUUAUAGUUAGAUUAGCAGUGUUCUGCCUUUGUAUAGUCUAUGGGCAUAUAAUUCUUCAAUGCAGCCCCUGUAGGGAAAAAGUAAUCAUAUGGAUAAGCCACAUGAUAUUUCUGUAUGAGAUAAAAGCACACACAGUAAAAUGUCAAUUUUGUAGUAAUAAGGAUACCUUUAAGACGCUAUUGGACUCUCAGCAACCGCAAUAUAGAAUUGAAAGAUUAAAAUUGGCUCUGUAAAAAUGAUACUGAGGUUUAAAGUGCUUGCUGCAAACAAGCCCUGGUUGGCCAACAUCUUGCUGUACCAUAUUUCUCAAAAAAGAGGGACAGUUAAAACAAAAACUACAUUGGGACAUGCUGCUUGAACUAGUUAUGUAUAUGAUCACUGGUAGCCUACCAAAGCUAUAGAAAUCUAGGACUGUGCUGAUCAGUAUCAAACCAAAGAUUUCUAUCUCUUCCUGAAAGAGAGGGUAUGUGCACCAGUCUACAGUUCCAAAGGACUGCCACAAACGUAGAUGGUUUUAUCUUCUGCGCUGAGAUAAGUUCUACUGAAAUGGCAACAAUGAUUCAGAACACCUCUCCCUUCUGGAAGAAAUCCCUAAAGCACUAAUCACACUCUGAAAUGCAUUUUUCCGCAAGUUAGCACUUGAUUAUAUACUGUCUUGUAAUCCUUCAUUGUUUCAUGUAUGAAAGUUUUCAUCACCCCCCAGAAGAGAUGCUUUGAUUGACAAGGGAUAUGUUUAUAUCCCUGACAGCACUAGGCACAGUGCUGAACACAUAAGAGGCACUCAUUAUAGCUGACUUCUAAAAGGACUUUUGCACUUAUAAAGCCCUGUGAAUCAUGAGUACCUGAAAUAGGUAGCCUGGCCCAGCUUUUGAAGAGGACAUUCGGAGCCUGAGGCAUGCUAAAGCUCUAGGGUCUUAUGCUAUUUUUGUCGUAAACAUAAAAGAAAGGCACCAUUUAGCUGCCUGCAUAGACUUUCUAAACAUGGAUUAGUGAGUAAAUACCAUGGAAUGUCAGAAAUGACUACAUUAUCGUCAUCAUAAGAAAAAUAAAAAGCUUACUGAGGCCAUUGUUUGACAUCUUUCUAUGGCAGAGAUCUUAGAAUUUUGUCAGUUGCUGAACAAUACGAUGAUAUGGGCACUUUCUAAGACAUUUGUAACUUUAAGUAAUAUAGUUCAGAUUAUGUAAUUUUUGAAAAUUUUAGGAUUUUCAGAAAAAAGAAGAUGUAGGGAGCAUUUUUCCCCCACAUGUUCCAGAAACUUCACAAAAGCUUUUGACAUCGUUAGCUGGCCAUUGCUAAAUGUGUUAGUUGCUCUAAGAAGUUCACCAACUUGCUAAGUAAGAUGUGGCUGAUUGUAUCAGAGUCAUACUACACAGUGUCCUUUCUCAUCUCUAAAGACUAAGGCGAGGUUAUAAAACUUGGAUCUUUUCCAUCAUCUGUGCAGGAGGAUGCAAUUGGCUGCCUGGAAGCUAAUGACAGACUUCUCAGAUACACAUAAAAGAGACUCAAGUAUUGGGGGCUACAUAGGUAGUCAUCAGGGACUCGGGUAGAGAUGACUCUGAUCAUGAGAGCAUGCAAAAGAUUGUGGACAGCCCUGUAGGAACUUAGACACAUAGAAUAAGAACACACCUGAAGACUAUCCCCAUAAGAGGCGACCCUCACAGAGAGAUUGAGAUUUUCCAUCACAAAACAGAACUAAAACUCAUCAUUUUGUUUGCUAACCAACAACUGAAGCCCAUAAGACAGCAUGGCUUUGUGGGGAACCAAUGAGGUGAGGGCAAUUGUGGCCUCAGCUCCAGACCAAACUAAAAUCUGCACAGCAGUAAUUCUUUGGCCUCUCUAUAACUUGGACCAACCAGAGUUUCCCUAUAGUUUCUAAGCAGUUUCAUCAGUGUUGCCUGGGAAAACUUCAAGGAAGUCAGCUGGUGACCAGAAUAUUUCUAUCCAUUCAAUUUAAGAAAAAUAGAAAAGAUACUACAGAAGCGCAUACCUAAGGAACGUUUUAUAGUAAAGUGAAAGUAGAAGAAACGCUUUUAGGAUUUUCUUCACAAUGAGCCACAGUGAUUGAUGGCUGUGUAGGAAACCGUUGGUGCUUUCAGCAAAAACUUGCUGCUGGGAAGCAACUGAAAGCAGUGAACUGCUUAACUCCAGGCACCGAUCAAAGCACUGACUGCUCUUAAGAGGGAAAGAACUUUGUUGGUUCUACAUUGGCUAUUUUUUUUUAGCCAGAACUACAUGCUGAUGUAAUUCAACCUCUUUUUUUUUUUUUUUUUUUAAUGAAAGUUAAAAUAACCUGUGCCCCCACAUUUAAUUCCCAUUUGGGGGGGACAUUGUACUGUGUGGGAUAGCUGCUGUGGCUGCUUCAGAUCUUCAGCAGAUGCACUCCUUGAAGCAGCUACUUGAAGAUACGUUUCCUGAAGAAAACAGGCUACAGCUGUUGAUUAAAACUGUUUUCAUUGCAUUUAUCAGCUGCUCAAUGCAAAGUGUAAUUGGGCCAUGGUCAGAAAGGCUUACAACAUGUGAUGAGUGCUCAGGAUAGUCAUUCAGAAGUUCUUGACUGGCUGAAGCCUGUUAAUAGUUUACUCUAUAGUUAACCAGUAGCAUAUUAGUCAGCCUAAUGGAAGUUUUUGAAGGGCUUUUUAAAACAAUUACCUUAACCUUGCCAGGAAGAGAAGUAAAGUUCUUCAAGUUGUGGAGUAUUUGUUUCUACUCUGGCCUGGCAGGCAAGGCAAAAGCCUGAGAAUAGAGAUGUAUGAGGCAUCUUGUUGAAUGCACUUAGUAUUUUAUUAAAGGCAUAAAAGUGAAACUGCUAAAUAUGUACAGAGAGGUUAAUAUGUUUGUUAUGUGAGACAAUUCACAUCUUACGUACAUCAGAGAGUUCAUUCCAGAAGGGAACCUCUUGAAUGUGAUGAUAUGGCAAAGCCUGUAAUCACAUCUCAGCCUUUAGCAUCAGAAAGCUUACACUGUAAAUAAACUUUAUUAAUAUUAUAUAUGAGGUAACCUUUCAUGUAUAGAACUCAUUGCUUUGGACAGAAAAUUCCAUCAGUAUGUUCCAGUUGUAAUGAAAUUCAGAAACACUGCAGAGGACACUCAAUCUUAACUCCAGAGGAUCCACAGAAGAAAAAAAUGUGGGGAAAUAGCAAAAUGUACAACUUCUUAUAAAAAUCGUCAGUGUUGGGUACUUCUAUGUAUUUUGUAUGACCUUAAUGUCAGUGUGUUUUGUACUUCCAGUCCCUGUUGCUAUUCUGUAUAUUCUAAGCAAAUAAUGUAUUUUAAUCUAUUUGACAGAACACAUCACUUCAAAAGAGCAGUUUUGGAGUGAGUAGUAAAGUUGAUGUGAUUAUAGACAAAAA